AUGGGAGCUAAAGUACCACGCAACUUCAGAUUACUGGAGGAGUUGGAGAAGGGAGAGAAGGGUCUUGGAGCUGAGGCAUGCUCGUACGGUCUUACUGAAGGUGACGAUCUCCUGAUGUCCAACUGGAACGGCACAAUCUUAGGUCCUCCCCACAGCGUCCACGAGAACCGAAUCUACUCCUUGACCAUGCACUGCGGUGCCGAAUACCCAGACAAGCCACCGACCAUCAAGUUCCAGAACCAGAUCAACCUGCCGUGUGUCAACCCGAAGAAUGGCGUGGUCGACCCAUCCAAGCUGCCGUGCCUUAGCGACUGGAAGUACAGCAACACCAUGGAGACUAUCCUGAUAGAAUUGAGGAGAUAUAUGGCACACCCUAACCAUAAGAAGCUGCCACAACCAGCGGAGGGUUCUACGUAUUAG